GCAAGUCUAUUAGUUUGGAGGUACUAGAGCGAACUGGUCUGUGAUUCCAUCUUCUACUGAUAACCAGUUGAGACAUCCAGCCUCAGUGAGUGAGAACUUCUGGAUUCUUGGACUUUGCUUCAAAUUCAGCCGGUGUGGAAUAAGCUCGACUGCAACCUAAAGUCAAGGACUUCGGUGAAGCCAAGGCAAUGAAGCGGUUCUGUCCCUGUCUUGUCCAAGACACAUCACAUUCCGAAGAGCAUUCACUGCAGACUGCACAAGAAUUGCCAGCCCUGAGUCCACGAUAUUCCAGGUCUGAGCCACAGUGUUUCUGUGGAGAGCCAAACCACUGCCAUGAGGAUGACUGGAUUGUUGAUUGGGAACCAUACUACCUACCCUGUGUAUUUGAAAGCUGGGACUGCCUGAGAUACCACUCCGGAUUGAAUUGUGCCAUGAAGAAGGGCACAGAGGUCUUCCAGAUUGAGAGUCAGAGGGGGCCACUAGUGUUCCCAGGAGAUGUGGACAAUGACAAAGAUACAGAGGAGCCAGACAAACCCUCACCAAGCUUGCUCAGGGAGAAAGAGCUGGAACUUGAGACCUGUGAUGGUGGAGACUGCUCUCACCAGGAUCCUGCUUUUGAAAGUCCCAAGCGCCUAGGCUUCUGCUUAUGGCUUCAAAGGGUUUUUGGCCAGGAGAAGAAGUGAAAAAGCCACCCAGAACUCUGUGUGGAGCCCAGGAGCCCUGAUGCCUGCUAAGACUUGCAAUGAGGGGAAUCUUCCGUCAGCUCCUGCUAUUACAGAGAGACACCCCUGCCUCUCUCACAUACAAAGGCAGUUUUGUCUUCAGCCAUCUGGAUGUUUUUGUUUGUUUGUUACAGCUUUCUUAAUAAAAGUGUUUAAAAGCU